AUGCUCGGCAUCUUCGAACUCCAGAGAAUCUUCUUUCGCCCUCGACCGGAACUCGGAGAACUUGGUAUUGACGUGCCUUCUCAUGACAGUACCGCCGAAAUCGCGGCCAACGCGCCGAGAUACCGUCGCAAGAGCUCGACCUUCAUCGACGGCAUUCAUGAUGUCCCCGAGGAUCAGGAUAUGGCGCCGGCUCAGCUCUAUAGCACAAUGUCUGGCCGCCUGUUCCAUUCUGGUCGCAUCGCGAUUGUCAUGGUAGGCCUUCCGGCUCGUGGCAAGACCCACAUCUGCGUUUCCCUGGCGCGUUACUUGGGCUGGUUGGGAGUCAAGACGCGCAUCUUUCACCUCGGUGACUAUCGUCGUGCAACCGUUGGAAAGGGCGGUAUCGUUCCUGAGGAUUACUUCUUCCCCGACGCUUCUCCUCAGUCCGUCAUUCUUCGUCAGAAGAUUCUGAAGAAGUGCCGCGAGGAUAUCUAUGCCUGGCUGAACCAUGAGAAUGGUCAGGUUGCGAUCUACGAUGCUGUCAACCCCACUGCGGCUGGUCGUCGCGCCUUGGCUAAGGAGCUUGCGAAGCACGACGUUCAGACGCUGUUCAUUGAGUCCUUCGUCGACGAUGAGGCCAUUCUGCGUGAGAAUGCGCGCAAUGUCAAGAUCUCCUCCCCUGACUUCGCCGGCAUGGACCCCGAUGAGGCCGCCAAGUUGUACUUGCGCCGCAUCGAUAUGAAGAUCCCCGUCUUCGACACCAUGAACGAGAAGGAGCUCAACUACAUCAAGAUGAUCAACGCGGGACAGAAGUUCUUCUACAACAAUGUCUCCUUUGGCUACCUCUCUCACCGCAUCGUCUUCUACUUGACCAACCUUCACAUCAAGUCGCGCACCACCUACUUCGUUCGAGCUGGCGUUACCACCGAAGAAGACUCGUACAAGGCGGAUGCGCCUCUUUCCGAGGAGGGCAUGGCGUACGCUGCUCGAAUGUCCGAGACGCUUCUGAAGCACCGCGAGCAGGAGCGCGCCGCCCUCGUCGAGAAGGGUGGCAAUGCCGUUCCCCUUCGCCCUCUGUCCGUCUGGACCUCCACCCGUUGCCGCACCGUUCAGACUGCGGAUUAUCUCAAGAACAAGGGCUUCAAGGUUCGCCAGCGUUCGCAGAUGAGCCAGAUCAACCCCGGUGUCUGCGAGAAGAUGUCGGAGCGAGCUAUCCGCCACCUCUACCCUGAGGAGGUCGAGAAGCACGAGCUCGACCCGUAUCAUCAUAGAUACCCCCGCGCUGAGUCCUACCACGAUCUCGCCGUCCGCCUCGAGCCCAUCAUCCUGGAGCUGGAGCGCGAGCAGAGUGAUCUCCUCAUCAUUGCGCACGAGUCUGUUCUUCGCGUUCUCUACGCCUACUUGAUGCACUGCGCCACCAUGGACAUCCCUAUCCUCAAGUUCCCCCGGGACGAGAUCAUCGAGAUCAUCCCCGCCGCCUACCAGAACGAGGCCAAGCGCGUUCACAUCCCCGGCGUCGACCCCAAGAUCACCCCCGGCUCCCCCGAGGACAUCAUCAUCCCCGUCCCUGGUGGCGGCGGAAGCGCCAGCGGUGUCGCCAGCGGCAACCUCUCGCCUAUGCCUGGCAUCUCGUCUCCCGCGGAGCCCAACGUCGUCAUCGAGCGCCCGCCCGAGAAGGUCAUCAACGCGGCUGCCGAGAUGGUCGCUGAUCGUCAGAAUGAUGAGGACUAA